AUGGCUCGGGACAUGUCAGAUAAAGAUAUCCUGAAGAUGGAGCUGGAUCAGUUGAAGAAAGAGGUCAACAUGUCCAGAACUGCAGUGUCUGCAACUGCUCCUGAGCUCAUCGCCUACGCCGAGGCCCAGUCUGCAGAAGACCCCCUGAUCAAGGGAGUUCCUGAAGACAAGAACCCCUUCAAGGAGAAGGGAGGUUGCAUCAUCACAUAG